AUGUUCGCGGCAGCAUCUAAUCUAUUCAAGCAAUCAACGUACCUAUCAGCAUACAACAUCCAUUCGACAUCAAGCUCAAAUACGCCUAUAGGAUCACCAUCGUCAUCUUCGACUCAUCUACCCACCACCCCUAAUCCGAACGGCUCAACUGGUAGUGGUGGAGGAGCAGGACAAGGGAUCAAAUCGUUUAAUGUUGGACUAUGGAAAGUGAUAAGUGGAUCACAUAAAACCACAGGUAAAGAAGUCAGUGUAUGGAUAUUUGAGAAAAAAGUUUUGGAUACUAUCAAACCUGGAACUAAUUAUGGUGGAUUACAAGGAAAAGAAUGGGUUUUGGAACAAUUGAAGAAAGAGGCAUCGGCACUCUCACGUCUUAGACAUCCAGAUAUAUUACAUAUGGUAGAACCGUUAGAAGAAUCAAGAUCAGAAUUAACGUUCAUAACUGAGAGAGUGAAUUCAUCAUUAUCAACUUUAUUCUCAUCUGCAUCAAAAUCAUCAAAUACAAAUUCCAGAGGCAGACCACCGACAAACGAGAGGGCCUCAGGAGAAGUCGAUUUAGAUGAAGUUGAAAUUCAAAAGGGGACUUUACAAAUCGCGAAAGCGUUAAGUUUCUUACAUGAUAAAAGUAGAGGCGUACAUUUGAAUCUAAGUCCAGAGAGCGUUAUAGUGAAUUCUAAGGGAGAUUGGAAGUUAUCGGGUUUAUCAAUGAUGAUACCUCUAACCCAACCAGACGGUACCCAAACGAAAUAUGUCUAUCCAGAGGUAGAUGCCAGAUUACCCCCUCAAGUGCAAUGGAAGCUAGAUUAUCUAGCUCCCGAGUAUGCCCUUGAUUCCACCUUGACACCUUCAUCGGAUCUCUAUUCACUAGGAUGUCUACUUUACGCAGUACACAUGGGUGGUAAACCACCCUUUCAAAAUCGAGGUUCUAUGCAAAGUCUGAGGGAUAACGCCGAGGGUUCAUUAGUCAGAAAAGAAUGGAUGAGUGGUAGUAAAUGGGACAGAUGUAGUUCUGAACUUAAAGAUCUUCUACCGAGAUUACUGACCCGACAUCCUUCGAAUCGGAUAUCACUAGCUUCAUUACCUUCUCACUCAUUCUUUUCGUCUCUUGCUAUCUCAACUUUGAAUUUCUUGGACGCUACAACAUUCGCUUCUAAACCUAGGGAAGAGAAAGCUACUUUCUUAAGAGGAUUAGUAAGGGUCUUACCUACGUUUUCAGAGAGAUUGAGAAAAGGGAAAGUCUUACCAAGCUUAUUGGAGGAGAUGAAAGAUCCAUAUUUGUUACCAUUCAUCUUACCUAACGUCUUUGAAAUUUCGAAAGGAUUGAAUAAAGAUGAAUUUUCAAUUGUAUUACCGAAAUUACAACCGUUGUUCGCUCUGAAAGAUCCACCUCAAAAUAUGCUCACGUUGUUGGAACAUUUAUCUUUAUUCGAAGAAAAGACCACUCCACCCGUUUUCCGAGAAAACAUCAUGCCUCUGAUUUAUAAUUCGCUGGAAUGUGAGCAUCUGCCUGUGCAAGAAAAAGUCUUAAAGACUGUUCCGCACCUUUGCGAGAUACUGGAUUACGGAACUGUACAAAACGUUUUAUUGGUAAAGGUUGCUAUCCUAUUCACGAGAACGAGAAUUUUAUCUGUCAAAGUUCAAACUUUAGAAUGUUUCACUUCCAUGGUCAAGACACUUGAUAAAGCUACAUUGACUACUAAAUUGGUACCGUUGUUAGCUAAGAUCAAGACGAAAGAACCUGCUGUUAUGAUGGCAACCUUAGCAGUGCAUGAAGCAAUGGGUGCAAAAGUUGACAGAGAGGCUAUAGCUACCCUUGUCUUACCACAAUUAUGGGCAAUGUCCAUGGGUCCAUUAUUGAAUGUGGAUCAAUUCAGUAGAUUCAUGAAAGUUAUCAAAACGCUUGGUGUUCGAGUAGAACAAGAACAUUCACAACAUCUUCGAGAUGUUCAUCGAAUAGAAGCUCAGACAGCAUCUCUUGCAGCUCAAAAUGCACAUUCACUCAAUGGCAAUACAAACUCCUUUGGAGGUGUUACUGGAGGUGGUGGAGGAGAAGUAGAUUUUGAGACCCUAGUAAGAGGAGGAGCGGGUUCUGCAGCUCCAUCACCUAACCCCGCUGUAGGAAGCAUGGGGAUAACAGACCCAUGGAAUGAUGAUAGUUGGUUGAAUGGUGGAGAUACAGAUAACACUUUGUCGAACUUCUCGUCAUUAGCAUUGAAUACCAAUAACACUAACAGUACUGCCAAUUCGUCAUUCCCGUUAUCGAUACCUCCCUCACCACAACCUUCCUCAACAUCCAUGCGACCUAUCACAUCUGGCUCAGGAGCAGGGUCAUCCAAGUUAAAAGCGAGACCAAUCCCACCUUCCACAUUCAACUCUUCUGCCUUUGCAAUGCCACCUCCAUCAACGACAAGAGUCUCGCAAACUCCCAAUAUCCAAUCUCCACCUAUUUUAGCUCCUUCCAUUCAACCUUCAUUCGCACCACUGCAACCGAAUUCACCUUCCAUGAACUUCAAUCAGAAUUCACCUUCUACAGGUUCACAAUCUAAAAUGGCCGGAGCCAAUUACAAUAUAAGCUUGACACCUCAAUUACCUAAUCACACUCAAUCCUCUUCUCCAUUAUCAUUCAUGUCAUCACCAACGAUAUCUGCAAUACCGUCCCAUCAGACACAGUCAUAUCAUACGUCUCAACAACCUACGUAUCAGUCCCAGCCGGCACAAGCUAUACUACCUUCUCAACCAAUGCAACCGGCAGUGAAGCCUCCUCCGGGCUGGCAACCCGGUCUGAUGCAACCUUCCACAGCGCCAAAAGCUGUAUGGGGUAAAACAACUGGAACAAACGGAGGAAACAAUGAUUGGGGAGAUUUCGAUCCAUUGAAGUGA